AUGGCUGACGAAUAUCCUAUUGUUACUAAAGAAGAAUUUAUUAAAGGUGUAGGAAAUACACCAUUGGUUAAAAUUGAAUCACUUUCAAAAGAAACAGGUCGUGAUAUUUAUAUCAAAGCUGAAUUCAAAAAUUCUGGUAAAUCAAUUAAAGAUAGAGCGGCUAUUUAUUUGUUAAAUGAUGCAUUAUCAAAAGGUACAUUAAAAGAAGGCGGUACUUUAGUGGAAGCUACUGCUGGUAAUACAGGUGUUGCAUUAGCUUUAAUAGCAAGAACUUAUAAUCCACCAUUUAAAGUUGUUUUAUACAUUCCAGAAACUACUGUUACUGAAAAAAUUAAUGUUUUAGAAUCAUUAGGUUGUACAGUUAUUAAAGCUUCAAUUGUUCCACCAGAUCAUCCAGAAUUUAUGAAUACUUUAGCUAUAAAAUAUGCUGAAACACAUGAAAAUACAAUUCAUAUAAAUCAAAUGGAUAGUUUAGUUAAUCGUCAAGCUCAUUAUGAAACCACAGGUCCAGAAAUUUGGAAACAAACUAAUGGUAAAAUUAAUGCUUUUGUUGCAUCUUGUGGUACUGGUGGUACUUAUACAGGUAUUGCAUCAUAUUUAAAAGAAGUUUCAAAUGGUAAAGUCUUAAAUUAUGUUUCAGAUAGAGAAGGCUCAGGUUUACAUUCUUAUGUUCAAAGUAAAGGUACAAGUUGGGAAGCUGAAGGCUCAUCAUUUGUUGAAGGUGUUGGUAAAACAGCACAUACUGGUAAUACAGAAGGUAUUUUAAAUUAUACAGAUGGUUCAUAUAGAAUUUUGGAUGAAGAAGUAUUGGUAACAAUGUAUAAGUUAUUAGAUGAAGAUAAUUUAUCAGUUGGUGCUUCAUCUGCUUUAAAUAUAACUGCUGCUAAAAAAUUAGCUUUAACAUUACCAAAAGGUUCAAUUGUUGUUACUACUGCUGCUGAUUCAUCUGAAAGAUAUGCAAGUAAGGCAUUCAAUAAAGAAUGGUUAAUUGAAAAUGGUCAUUGGGAUAAAAUACCACAACAUUUACAAAAACAUGCUAAUUAUAAUAAUUAA